AUGCAUCCGGCUGGGGGCAUGUCUGCCGAAGGCGACUGCUUCAGGCUGGACGAUGUUGAAGUGGCGUACUUCCGUCGAAGAGUCGUGUACAAGAGAGCCGACACACUGGGCGCUGGCGAGCCGUACACGUAUGGUUUACCGCCAGACUAUGUACGAAUUGCGAUGGCCGUGGCAGUAAUGGCGUUUGCUGCGCAGAUGGUUUCAUAUACAGGCCGCGAAUGGGCCAUUCACAAGCAGGCAGGCCGUCCGAUACGGAGGGUUCCAUCCUUCUGGAACAACAUCUUCAAUGUUGCCAUGCUGUGCAUGUACUUGGCAGUGGCAGUUGUCAUCGCGGGCCUUAUCCAGAUGCAGCAGCCCUCACAGCUGCAGGACCUCUACGGUUCCCUGCCGCUCUCGUCUGGCACCUUCUGCUCCAACUCCCUACUCGUCUUAUAUUUUGCGGUGUAUGCUGGCCUCCAGAUUGCCAAGACUAUGGAUGUCGACUUCCGAGAAAGAGGGACGUACCCCGAGUCGCUUACCGAUCCUUCAAGGUACAUCAUUGAGGUCCUGAAAAUGACUGCUUCAGAGGUGCAGGUUGCACCCAUGAAAGAGCGACCACACCGGCCUACAAUGGUCAUCGUCUGCCGCCUGGCGCAUGAGCACCUUCUGGCGGAUGGCCCGGCGGGCCGCAACGAUGUGCUCAGGCGGCUGCCACGUGAUUUUCGCGGCGGUGCUAAUGAGAUCGUGAAAGAGGACAUUCACACCAGCAUCGAGGUCCCACCACUUCUGUCCUCAAGCGGUGCGACCUUGUCCAUCAUCUUCCGAAAGCUGAUCACGUACCAGACCCAACAAGGCCAUCACCAGGCGCCAGGGCGCCUCAAGCGAUUGACGAGCUUCAGCACGGGGGAAGCCAACAACUGCGACAACUUCCACGCGAAGAGAGUUGUCUGCGAGCUGCUGAAAGCCUGGGCUUGUUGUAGCCAGGGCGCGGUCAGUGAUGAGGGCAUAGAUGCACAGGAGGUGGAUCCAUACUUGAAUUAUCUACGACAUGUGAUGUACUACCAUGACCGAUGGUCUUCAAAGCUCUGGGGCUCUGACGCCUUCCUGGAGACUAUUGUCCAUGUCAUCCGCAAGCUGGAGGCAUUAAAACGAGACACCUCCGACACGAGACAGAAGUACUUGAAAGUUCUGGAGCAGAUACACGACCACACCAGUGAGCUUGCAGAGCAUGCCCUGAGAGUGACACUGCUCGCCAACACUGAGCAUCACAGCGAGUUUGAGGCCUUGGUCGCCAAAGAGGGCGCGCUGACUCUGAAAUCGCUAAGCCAAACCUUGGUGAGACACAGCACGAGCUUCUGGUGCACGGACUUCGGCCAGGUCUUGUACUCUGCCUUGGUCCGAGCCGACCCACAGCGCUUCAAGCCAGUAGGUGUGGGAGUUGAAGCGGCUGCCCGGACUUGGAGUCUCUGGACAGACGAGUUGGGGACCAUAAAGACAUACGAGUACAGCUCUCCCGAGGAGGCGAGGCUCGUCCUGGAGCAGUGCCGCUGCUGUACCAUCCUCGUGGGUCCGGAGGGCAAGAUCCAGGAGAAAAGCUUCGCGUCCAGCACCAGCCAAGUGCUUUCCAAGGUCCUCCAGGAAGGCAGCACCAUGCGAGAGCUCAAUCGCAGGGUGGACCAGAACAUCGGUUUGCAGCAAGCAGCUUUGGGAGUUGCGCCGCCGACACAGGUGACAGCCAUAGAAGAUUUUCUGGGUGACGGUGAAGCUGCAGCCGAUGCAGACGCAGAAAAGCCUGACUUCUGGUAUGAAGCCGUGGAGAAGGUGCGGGAUGCAUGGAUGCAAGGCAAUGCCGAUCAAGCAGGAAUCGCGGAACCAUUUCGCGGCUGCAAGAAGGUCAAAUGGAUCGAGGGUGUCUUCGAAAAGGAAUCCAGGUCCUCGAAUUUUCCAACGAUCAUCCUCGAUCUUCCCAAGACACUGUCAGAUCUGCUGUGCUGCUUCAAGCAGGUGAUGACCGCAGUGCGCUCCAUGAUCAGCGAAGGUGGCAGUAAGGAGGCAUUGGCCGCUAUUUAUGCAUUGCGACAGCGCAGCACCAUCACCGGGCAGCUGGAUGCAUGCAUGCAAAAGUUCCUUACCAGCGCGAAUCUUAUGCACGGUUUCUUUGAGCACCUCUUCUUCGAAGGUUUGGAGAACAACAAGAAGAUCAAGGGACAGAGUGCUGCAAUGCAACGCUUGUACUUUGAAAGCCACCGCGCGUGCAAUAAGCUGCGGGACGAGAUCCUAACGAAGUGGCACAAGCUUGGACUCGAG